AUGGAAACUUGUCGUCCAUACGAGUCUUUGAAAAUUAUUGUCAAUUCGUUUUUUGGCUUCACACUUUUAAAUUACUUUUCUUCAUCUUUGACUAAAUCUUUAACUAAUUUUUACAAUGAGCUUGACGAAGGGAAGAAAGCCAUUUGGGAUAACACAUUAGUUAGUUACGUUCAUGCCUCGAUAUGUUCCGUUUUGGCGCCCGUUUGUUUUUAUUUGUAUCCUGAAGUAUGGAAAAACCUGAUUUACACCAAUAUACCAAUUUUCGCGUUUCAAAUUGCUUUGUCUACUGGUUACUUUGUUUAUGAUAUGUCUGAUUUCGUAGUCAAAAAGAUAUUUAUGGAUACCGUCGGAAUUUGGAUUCACCAUAUAAUGAUUGUCAUCAUCUUCUCAUCUUCGCUAUACACAUGUGUCUGUACCGAAUACCUAACAGCCUCACUAAUCGUCGAAAUUAGUAAUGUCUUUUUACACCAACGAAAACUUUACUUGACCUGCUUCAAAACAAAGACAACACGUUUCUACCGAUUCAAUUCGCUAUUACUUUUCCUGACAAUGACCGGUAUACGAAUACCGGCUCAUGUCUACUUGAGUCUGAAAGUGUGGCGUGAAUACGAACUUUUUCACAAUCGUUUGUACUGGAGUAUGGCUUUUUAUGGGUUAAUUACUAUAAACAUUUUGAAUACCCAAUUGUGGUUACAGUUAUGGAAUUCUGAUUGGAAAAAAACAUUUCUUGGGGGUGGUGUUGAUGCUGUUUCUUCUUCGAAUGUAAAUAAGGAAAAUGUGAAAAGUGAAAUUAAAAUUAACGGCAAACAAGAAUAA